UCUCGCUCAUGAACCAUGCACUGCUUCUGGACCACAGCACUCUUACAAACGCUCAUUCACUGCCUUUUCUUCAAUAUACGGACAUUUGAUAAAGCCGCAGCGUUCAGCAUUAAGUAGGGAGGGGACGGAGGAGCUCCACCCGGAUGAAGUGGCUCAGUGGUGGGGUGAAUGGAGCAGCUGGUCAACCUGUAGCUGGACAUGCGGAGGAGGCGUUCGCUCACAGGAGCGCCACUGUCUGCAGCAGAGGACAGUAGGGAGGGGACGGAGGAGCUCCACCCGGAUGAAGUGGCUCAGUGGUGGGGUGAAUGGAGCAGCUGGUCAACCUGUAGCUGGACAUGCGGAGGAGGCGUUCGCUCACAGGAGCGCCACUGUCUGCAGCAGAGGCUCACUACCACACACAACAUUAACAGUUCCUUCUGUGCUGGAUCGCCUAAGCAGUAUCAGUUGUGUACUAACCAGCCGUGCCCCAACAGCAGAAUCGGCUUCAAACAGCACCAGUGCUCCCAGUUCAACGCCAAAGCCUUCAGCAGGAAGCACUACGAGUGGGUUCCCCUCUAUCCAGAUGAUUACAUCAGCAUUUCCAGCAAGCCGUGUGACCUGCAGUGCACCACCACCACGGGAGAGAGACAGCUAUUGGUUCCGGCACACGACGGGACCUUUUGCAGGAAUGGUGCCUACAAGGGCGUUUGCAUAGAGGGCCAAUGCCAGGUGGUUGGGUGUGAUGGGAAACUGUACUCCAGUAAAUCUAUAGAUAAAUGUGGCAUCUGCGGUGGAAACGGUGACACCUGCUACCGGAUCUCAGGAUCUUACCGGAAAGGGAUCACACAGUUAGGCUAUGCCUUUAUAACUAAUAUACCUGUCGGAGCCACGGACAUCCAGAUCGUCGAGCGGCGAAAGACUGAAAACAUCUUGGCGCUGUCUGAUGAAGCUGGCCACUUCUUCUUUAAUGGCAACACUGUACUCGACAACCCGCGCAACUUCCCCAUAGCAGGAACAGUGUUUAAAUACCGGAGGCCAGUUAACCUCUUCUCAGAUGGCUUUGAGUACAUCAUGGCCCAGGGUCCUACCCAGCAGGGCCUGAACGUCAUGUAUUACAACCUUAAUGGAAAGAUGCCUCACAUUACGUACGAGUACACGGUGCCUCGCGUGUCCUCCACCGCAGCAUCAUCCACCCAGGAGCAGCCUCCACUGGCCAGCAUGAUUGCCAACGCUUCCUAUACACAACUCCCCAUCACCGGGAAUGAGGUAGAGGCUCGCAACGAGGACCGAGAGGACGAGAAGAACCAGAGUACACCUUUGGAUCAUAAGGGGAGCAUGGAGGCACAUGGAGAUGUUCGGUGGGAGCACCAGGCUCCUUGUAACCUCAGUGCAAAACCUGAAGCGCUGCAACUUAGAGCAUCUGGAGAGGUUCUCCAUAAUGAGCUGGGAAAGAAUGGUGGCUUUGGCUCCAAAUUUAACCUGAUUGAAGGCGACUCUUCUAGUGUGACUAAUGAAACGCAGCCCGUGACAACGAGUGCAAAGAGCAAGCUGUAUAAGUGUGCAGAGAGUACAUCCAUCUCCGCCUGCUCCACGCUGAAGCUGAACUCAAGCUCCUCCAUGAAGAACAACCUGGCUCUGCAGAUCCACACAACAACCCAGAGAGAGCCUGAGGCGAACAGCACCUCACAGCACAGAGCUCAACUCCUCCCGCUCCAGCAGGGGGCACCAGAGCGCCUCCCACUCACUGACAGUAAUGAGUUUGAGGUGGUGUCUCUCGACCACGAUGUCAGUCUGGCAGGCGUGUACAGAUGGAAGGUAUCUGCGUACGCACCCUGCAGUUCAACUUGUACCACAGGUAUCAGCACAGCAUAUGCUUUGUGUGUAAGAUAUGACGGUUCUGAGGUUGAUGAGAGUUACUGUGAUUCUUUGACUCGACCUGAGCCCACGUACGAGUUCUGCACAGGCAGAGAGUGUCUGCCCAGGUGGGAGACGAGCCGCUGGAGCGAGUGCUCUCGGACAUGUGGUGAGGGUUUUCAGUUUCGGACGGUGCGCUGCUGGAAGAUGAUGGCACCAGGCUUCGACAGCUCUGUGUAUGACGAUCUGUGCCACGCUGCUGAGCUGCACAAGCCCAUGGCACGCAAAUCCUGCAGGAGCAAAUCCUGUGGCCCUCAGUGGGAGGUGUCGGACUGGUCUGAGUGCUCAGCACGGUGUGGGCGACGUGGUGUGAGGAGCAGGGAGGUGCGGUGCUCCAUGGAUGCUCACCUGUGUAACGAGUCCACACGGCCCAUCAAUCAAAGGGAGUGUGACGGACCGCCAUGUGACCGCAGGUGGAUUGUGUCGGACUGGGGCCCGUGCUCAGGGCCGUGUGGAGAAGGCCGCAUGAUGCGUUACGUGGUGUGUAAGAGCGGGAAUGGGAAGGUGAUCUCUGAUGGUCACUGUGAUCGGGAGCUGAAGCCCCUCGCCGUGCAGCCGUGUGGAGCCCCAAACUGCCCCGCACACUGGGUGGAGCAGGAGUGGGAACAGUGUAAUGCAACGUGUGGGCGCGGAGUAAAGAGCAGACAGGUGGUGUGUGCUGGGCUCGAAGUAAGUGUGUUUAAGGAGUUUCCUGAUCAUGUGUGCGCUCGCUCGCUCAAACCCGAGGAGAGAGCUGCAUGCUUCGAGAAGCCUUGCUCCAAAUGGUUCACCACCUCCUGGUCUCAGUGCAGUAAGACAUGUGGGAGCGGUGCGAGAGUGAGGGAAGUGAGGUGUUACCAGGGAGAGGAGAUCGGCCAGGGCUGUGACUCCACACUGAAACCUCAGGCCAGACAGAGCUGUGAGGUACAGGCUUGUUCUACUGAGGCACCAGCAGAGGAUGUUUGUGAGGACAAAGCGACAGCAAACUGUGCGCUGGUGUUGAAAGUCAAGCUCUGCACACACUGGUACUACAGGAAGGCCUGCUGUCUGUCCUGCAAGACCAAAGGUCACUAAAGAGCUGCUGAACCCUAACUGGGCCAUUCCACUCACUGUGAAGAACCCCAGAUAUACACACACACACACACACAUACACUGUAACCCUGUGACCCUAACCUGUUACCCCAAAAUCUACACCCAAAAAAAAAAAAAAAGACACCCCAGCUGGUUACCUACAGCUACUCUAUCUCUACAACCUGUUCGACUAAACUCUAUGCUGAUCUAAUAGCUAUUCAAAUUGGUAGCUCACAGGCUACAUGCUAACUUGUGAGCCACAAACUACAUUCUCACCCAUUAUGCCUAAAAUGAAAUUCAAAACUAGUUCCUCAAAAAAUGCUUUUACAUCCAGAAACUACACUCUAGACGCAUGUAAACAAUUUAUUAGUGUAUUUGGUACGCUGAUCUAGAAACUGUUAUACUAAUAUUGUUAAACUACGUUGUAUUUGCACAACCCCCUAACCUGCCCCAAACCUGAUACCGUUAGCUGAUGACAAAUCCAGAGUAUAAUAAUAAAGACGAGACCUGCAUUUUUCAUGCUUUUAGUUCAAGCAUUCAUGCCACAAAAGUGAGCUAAUUACAGUGCUCCAGUCCUAUGAAUGUGAGGUUUUAUAUAUCAGUAAGGUGUUCUGUUUUCUCUGGAUUGCUUGCAGCUUGCAAAACGUACCAAACUCUCGGGGCAAACGAGUCUGGCGGGGGGAAAAAACCAAACCCUAGAGUGUGGGGGACAAAAAAAAAAAGUGUCCUGCAAUGAUUAUCAACAAAAUAUAGCCUAACAUAACCUUAUACUAUCCACUGACCUGUUGCCUAUUAAUUACACUGACUCUGUACCACUGAACUACACCUAAAGUUUUAUUCAAACUGCUUGGGAAUAUUUUAAACCCCAAAACUUGCAUCCCCAGUAUUGAUCCUAUCCUGUACCCUUAAAUUACAUCCUAACCAGUUCUAUUAAAUCUUCUCAUACUUGGCACACUGAGCCCUAAAACUACACUCUAUCCCUAAUCUGUAUAAAAAAGGUGCUAUACUAAGUGGGGUUGUUCUCAUCAGGCCCCUCAGGCAGCUCACCUGACUGCACAGGCUGUUCCUGAUCCAUGGUAAAGGACACGUUGUUUUAUUACUGAGUGUAUGGAAUACGCCGCUCUCUUGUACUGUAUCACUGAUUCACUGACAAACACCGUUUUCAUAUUUGUACAAAGUUUCUUGUUUUUACUUUGACUGUGUUUGUGGUGACCUGUAAUGGAGGUUAACUUUUUUGUUUUUGUAAUAAAGUCAGUGUUCUUUGGC